CUCCCGCCGGGAAUAAGAGCGGCGGCAGCGCGGGGCGGGCCCAGAGCGAUGGGCGCCGUCAUGGGAGCCGGGCGAGCGGUGGGGCUGCUGCUGGCUGUGCUGCUGACGAUGCCUAGAGCCCGAGCGAGCUGUGGGGAGAGAGAGUACUUCCAUCAAGGUCUCUGUUGUGUCUUUUGUGAAGCAGGUACCUUUGUUGCUGACCACUGCAAUGCUUCACAUUUGAAAGGAAAAUGUGACCCUUGCAAGGAAGGAAAAGGCUUUACUGCCUAUGCCAACGGCUUGGAGGAAUGCUUGCCUUGCAGACGGUGCAAAGAGGAUCAGAUAACUCUGAGACCCUGUACUCUGACACAGAAUGCUGAGUGCCAGUGCAAACAAGGGUAUUUCUGUGAUGACGAGGGCUGUGAAAUGUGUCGGAGAAUCAGUCAAGAGCAUCCAGACGGGAAUGAAAUCCUGCUGAAUUCCACUGAUACUGCAGAACUAGGCUUAACCAAUCAAGGGAAGGAAGCUCGUGUUUGGGUUAUUCCGGUGCUUCUGUCGGCCGGUUUGGGUUUGCUAGUAGUUGUUGUUGUUGUUGUUAAAAAGCUGAAGUGUGAUAAAGCUGCCUCAACUGUUAAAGAUGUAGAGGGACAUCUGAAGAAAAUAGUGGAAAGUAGUGUGGUUUCUGAGAAGGGCACUGUCCCGUGCAGGAGCUGGAAGUGCUGUAUGACAGCGUGGUUGAGGAGGAUUGCUAAGUCCUCAUUGGCAGCAAAACCUGUCCAGAAUUCUGCUUUUCAGCAGACUGCCCUAUCUAAUGUUCCACAUGGAACUCCAGCAAAUUGUAAGGUACAAGAACCAAGUCAGAUAAUUGUUAAAGAUCUCUCUCUACGUGAACUCAGAGAGACCUUUGAUGUCUUUACAAAGGAAGUACCACCACAACAGUGGAAGCGGCUUAUGGGAACUCUUCUACAGGAAAACAAUAUUGAUAAAAUUAUUUCUAAAUUUCCUAAUAAUAGAGAAGAACAAUCACAUCAGAUGCUUCUCAUCUGGAAAAACAAACUGGGAAAGAAACAAUGAAUUAUUAAUUUACUAGAUGCAUUGAGGCACAUAGAUACCAAGGCUUGUUACAGCAUAUUAAACACUUUAAAAAGUAAUAACAUUAUAAGUAAAGUAGAAGCUGAAGAUUAAUGUUUAUGAAGAACUGCAAAAAUGUUUCUGUGUACAUAUGUGUGUCUUCAGACUUCCUUAAAUGAGGGUGUCAGAAACUGCUGGUAGAAAUGGAGUUGUUAGCCUCCUCAGCUCAUGGAGAGAGCCGGAAGGGAUGUAAUGCCUUUGUUGUUUUCAUGUUUACAUGAACUUCCUACCUCUUGAGUCAUAUAAUAUUAAACACAGGUGCUGGAUGCCCACUUCGGAGCCAGGAGCUCGGGCACCCCUUAGUUUGUGGCAGUGCUGUCCCAGCCUGGGGGCGGGGACCAAGAUUCCGCUGCUGAUUUUGAGUACUGUGAUGCUUUAGUUUCCGAAACCAUUUUGUGUUGUAUCGGACUGCUCAGCACCGCUAUGUUUGAAGCACAGCAAUAAAACCCUGGCUCGGACAGAA